UUGGGUUACCCUUGUUUUCAUUUCUUCCAUCUUGCAAAUCUUCCCUUGCCAACAUAGUUCUUGGUUUUUUUUUGCUUUGCUCUGAAUCUCAUCUCAUGAGUGAAGCGCUAAGGUUAGGUAUUUUAUUUUUUUGGUAUUUGCGUCGCUGUUAGGGUUAAAGGAACAACUUUUUUCGCUUUAUUUUCUGUGCGGCUCUUCAUAUUUCUUCCCUCUCCCCUUACUUUUGCAUUGCCUUCGGUGGAUUCAGUUGUAGGGCUCAAUUUCGGCACUAUCUUAAUUGUUUUUUGGUUGAUAUCGUUUGCGGGCGUGGUUAGUAGUUCAUUUACCGAUUUAGGGAUUGCGUUUUCUUGUGGGUCUAUGUGUUUUCUGUGGGUCUGUGUACAAUUGGAGAUUUGUUGGAAAUUUGUAGGAUUUUCAACCGUUGAAUCUUGCUUUCGUUAAGGAUUAUGAGGUCGUGACUGAGAAUUUAUACAGAAUAGCAAUUCCUACGAAGAUGGGCUUUCAUUGGACAUAUAAUUUCAACCCCGAUCACGGCCGUGGUUGGACCAAGAAUUUCGACAGUUUUAUGCUAUUUUUUUUUCUGUGGUUUGUUGUUUUUUUUUGACAUAUGUAUUUGUGGUUAGCUUAUAUGUAUGUAAUCUUAUUAUUUUUUUUUUCAGGUUCAUAGGAUGGUAAUGAUACCUAAGAUCCCCCUCUAGCUAUCGCUCUGCCAAUCUGACCUACCUAUCCCACUUAGGGAGUACGGUCAAGUCGAUUAAGAGUAAACUAACCCCUAGACAACUUAGUAUGUUUAGGAAGACUAUUUUUGGUCAUUUGCUAGAUGUGGACCUUGUACUUAACGGGCCACUUAUACACAAUCUAUUGCUUAGGGAAGUGGAGGAUGAUAGACACGAUGUGAUUACCAUGGAUGUGCUUGGUAAUAGGGUCUCCUUUGGGUUGAGGGAAUUUUACCUAAUCACGAGACUAAAGUAUAAUACGAGGCCGAUUCGUAAGGACACUUACCCCGUCAGGCUUAGCACGUUGUACUUUGAUGACAAAGUUGACAUUCUACUAAGUGAGCUGGAGACGAAGUACAUGGAGCUGCAGUUUGAAAAUGACUUAGAUGUGAUGAAAGUAUCAAUUGCAUUUUUUGUGGAGCUCGUGUUGUUUGGCAAGGAGAGGAGUUUGAAGUUCGACACGAGCUUAUUAGGAGUUGUGGAUGACUUAGAAGUAUGUUGUAUUUACGAUUGGGUCGAGAUGGCUUUCGAUAAGACCAUAAAAUGUCUUAAUCGAGUCCUGUUGAGUAAGGCAAAAGAUGGUGGGUUGAGAAAGACGUAUAGUCUUUAUGGUUUCCCAUGGGCAUUCCAAGUGUGAGGAUACGAAACGAUAUCUUCGUUGAUUGGGCGGGUUGCACAUCGAGUAUGACCUGAUGCUGUCCCACGCAUACUUAGGUGAAAGUGCGGUCAUUCACCUACGUGGGCUGUUAUGGAGAAAGAGAUAUUCCAAUCAACAUCUGUUGCCAUUAGACUGUUCGAGACGGAAGCGGAGGAAAGGUUCAUGCAAAGGGUAUUCAACCCACCAUCAGCUGACGAUUUUGUAGACGAGGACCAGGCGUUGGAUCAAGUGGCGCCUUCAAUGGAAGGUGUUGGCGUGCAAAAUGAUGGCACACAUGGUGAUCAAGCGGUUGAGAAGAUGGACGUCGAGGUGAAGGGUUAGGAUAAGAUGAAAACUGGGAAGAGGUCUUUUAGUCGCUACAAAUGUAAGUCCAAGUUGAGAGCUCUCACUGGCCAGGUGGCUGCUAUAGACAUGCGGCUUGCCGGUGUAGAAGAGGUAGUCUCUUCUAUGAAUGAUCGGUUUAACGACAUGGAAGGUGACUUGAAAACUAUUCGAAAGUUCUUGCGGCGUCUAGUUAAGGGGCUACCAGUUGAUACCUCGAAGCUUAGAAAAAACACCAAUGGAGAUAGAGAUGGCAAUGGCAACGGAUAUGCCGAUGGAGCUGGAGAUGCUAGUGGUGGGGGCAUGAAGGAAACUAAUCUUAGAGAACGUAGUGUUGAUGCGAAGGAAACGAAGCCUACCAAACGAAACUGUGAGGUUGGAGAGCCCUUCGAAGCAUUGGAGGAUGAAGAAAGAUCUCGAGAGGUUCGAGAUGUAUCAAAGGAGCCUGAUGAAGGGGUGCGUUCAGAGCCAAGUGCACAUGCUCAAGAGGAGCCAAGUGCACACAUAUCGGACGCUGCUAAAGCAUCUGUCGAGUUACCACUCCCAUGGACACCUGGAAACGGAUUCCGACGAAAGUAUCCAAAUCCAAUCACAAUUGCCAGUAAGCUCGUCUGCCAUGGUGCACGUUGAUUCACAGGACGUGAGAGUUCUAUCCCAGCCAUUUGACCCCCCUCCACCUCGUUGGGGUGAACGUAAGAAGAAAGUACCUUGGAAGUUUCAUGGGUCUUUUGAAGUUAAGGUGGGCAGUAAACGAAAGAAGGUGAUCGUUUACAAUCCAUUGGCUGAGAUCUUGAAGGAGCAAGAUAAGAAUUUUAGCACGUGGCUAGAUAACCCGAAAAACACCUGUUCAACUUGGAAGACUGUCUACGCAAGUCGAGGGAAGCAGUAGUUCCGCGACAUUCUAACACCCCUUAAAUGGUGCUCAUGCGAGGUUGUUGAUUCUUUGGUGAUGUUUGUGCGUAAGAAGCUCGAAUUGCAACCAGACUUCUGUCGUCGAAAGUUUACCACCGGCGACGUAGUAUUUGCGAAGAACUGAUAGUGUUUACGCCUGUAUGGAAUCUCAUAAUGCCCUGCCCUAAAAGGUUACAAUUGACUUUGAUUGGGAGGGACAAGCCAAGACUGUGCUUAGUUACGUAGAUUGUACUCACCCCGAUUACGACACACGGUGGAUGGAUGUCGAUGCUGUAUAUAUUCCCUACAAUAUUGGUGGAACCCAUUGGAUAAUGGUGUGCAUUGACUUCGAGGAGGGUGAGUUGACGUGUGGGGCUCCUUCAUGGCCAUGACACCGCUGCCAAAUUUGGAAGAUGAGUUGAAGCCGAUGCGAACAAUCAUUCCAGCUCUUAUUUGCAGGGUCGGUGUUCGGUUAGUAAGGUCGAAUAUCCCAAUCACACCAUGGUGCAUACGUAGAGUUUCAUCGGCACUUAGCAAGAGGGAGAUGGAGAUUGUGGUAUAUUUUGUGUAAAGUACUUUGAAUACGAUAUUACGAAUUGUAGCUUAGAUACUUUAACACAGGCUGGGAUGCCCUUCUUCAGACGACAGUUCGCUGUCCAGCUAUGGGCAAACAAAUCAAUUUUCUGAAUAGUACUAUUUGAUCUAGUUUAUUUUGUUUCUAUUGUAAUCUCCUAACUAUUUUGUUGCUAAUGAAUAGUAUCCUUUAUUGACUCUA